AUGGCGGUGGUCGACUACGAGUCUGACACUCCUUUUCCCGCAUGGAAUGACGAGGGAGGCGAGCUGCGCCAGCGGCGUGAUACGAGCCCUGCGCGUGCCUUGCGGACCCCAUGUCCGUUCCCUGACUUCUCGUCUACUGAGAGAUAUGGUGUGAUCAGUAAUGACCUCGACGAGGCACAGAAGCGGCAGCUGGAAGCUGCCCCCAAGGCGGAUCUGAUGCGCGCCCAUCCACGGUCACACAUUGACCCUCUUGUGGAGUAUGAUUUUCGCCCAGCAAAUCCCGCUGUGGAAACCAACGACGCGGUAACUCGAUCGUUACGCGUCCACAUCAUCGGACCCGUAGCCAGAACGGAUGAUGAACUUGCCACACGAAGAGCUCUUCGAGCUCGUUUCUUGGUCCCGCAAGAAAGUCCGUUAGACGUUUAUCGCACUCGUCUACGUACUCAACGAGGUGCUCGUGUACCUGCAAUGCGAACGAUACCUGUAGUGCUCGCCCCUGGCGAAAGUGCUACAGAUGAUGAAGCGCUCUUUGAGCGAUGGGUGAAACGGCACCGGAAACUUAUCUCACUGCAUAACCUGCAGUUGAGCCACAAGGAAGUGGACGUGCGUGAAGAGCGACACCUCUCCUUUUGCCAAGCUCAAGGCACGCCGUCGACAUCCUUCGGAUUGUCGCCCUGCGAAGUAUGGGUUAACAACCCCUAA